GCCGCGGGUGGGGGCUGCUGCCGGCCAUGCUGGUGCGGGCAGCGCUGCGCUGUGCGGCGCGGCCAGGCGGGCAGCGACCGCCGGUACGUGGGAUCCAUGGUUCUGUACGGGCACGGUCCGCCAUGCCCUCGUGGGUUAUCGACCAGUACGGCCGCAACGAGGUGCUGCGCUUCACCCGGGACAUGGUGUUCCCCGUCAUACACUACCCCAACGAGGUCAUUGUUAAAGUGCACGCCGCCAGCUUGAACCCCAUAGACCUUAGCAUGAGAAGUGGUUACGGUGCAACUGCGUUAAACAUGAAGCGGGAUCCCCUGAAAAUCAAGAGCAUGGAUACUGAGUUCCCACUAACGCUUGGUCGGGAUGUCUCAGGUGUUAUCAUGGAAUGUGGACUUAGUGUGUCUUAUUUCAAACCUGGAGAUGAGGUAUGGGCAGCAAUUCCUCCGUGGAAACAAGGCACGCUCUCAGAGUUUGUGGUAGCCAGUGCUAAUGAGGUGUCUUUUAAGCCAAAAUGUCUCAGUCACGUAGAAGCUGCCUCCUUACCGUAUGUAGGUCUCACAGCGUGGUCUGCAAUUAACAAAGUUGGAGGACUGAACCAAAGUAACUGCAGCGGGAAAAGAGUGUUAAUAUUAGGAGCUUCUGGAGGAGUUGGCACAUUUGCUGUACAGCUAGUGAAAGCCUGGGGUGCCCACGUGACAGCGGUUUGUUCCCACGAUGCUGACACGCUGAUGAGAAAGCUUGGAGCAGAUGAUGUGAUUGAUUACAAAACUGGAAAUUUGGAACAGCAGCUUAAAGCCUUGCCCUCAUUUGAUUUCAUCCUAGAUAAUGUCGGUGGAUCCACUGAGAAGUGGGCACUGGAUCUCCUGAAGAAAUGGUCGGGAGCAACGUACGUUACCUUAGUGACGCCUUUCUUGAUCAACAUGGACAGACUCGGAGUGGCUGAUGGCAUGUUGCAAACAGGAGUCACGAUAGGCUCCAAAACCGUGAAGCAUCUCAUGAAAGGAGUCCAUUAUCGGUGGGCCUUCUUUAUGCCAAGCGGACCAAGCUUGGAUGAAAUAGCGCAACUAGUUGACUCAGGAAAGAUUCAGCCAGUUAUCGAACAAGUCUUCCCAUUUUCUGAAGUCCCAAAGGCCUUUCUGAAACUAGAAGAAGGACACGCACGUGGAAAAACAGUGAUCGAUGUCGUUGAUAAAAAAUAAAGCAACUCCAAUCAUU